ACGGCGCAUAGAGACAUAUCGAAGAAGGCAGUCGGAAUGCGUGCCAAGAUUCGAUCAAUCUUUCAGUGGUGCUUGCGAACAGCAAAACCUGGAGACGAGUGCACUUCAGAAGCGGUUUCUCGAAGGGAAAGGGAAGCGACAGGCGAAGAAGAGCGAACGCAAACCGGACCUGCCGGCGAUAUUCAGCAACUUGCAUAGCAGCGUUGUUCAUGUGCAACAAAAGUUUGGGUGUGGUGAUUACGAACCUCCGGCUAAGCUGCAAUGUGGAGGUGGUGGAGGAGGUGUCACCGGCGAGGCUCUCACCAAGUUCUCUGUGGAGAUCGUCCAGCAGUUGGAGUUUACCACCUCGGCGGCGGACUCGCAACCGCAGCAAAUAUCAACUAACGUCACCGUGAAAGCGUUGACUAAUGCUGUCAAAACAUCGAGCUCGCCACCCCCACAACAACCGCCACCGCGUGUACCCACUCCCCUGGAUUGUGAGCGAGAAUGCAAGGCUGAAUGCAAAUCGGAAGUUGCAGAUGAUGAGUUUGUAGGUCUUGACGAGUGCGCAGCGGCAUUAGAACGUGAUGCUGCAUCGGCUUUUCCGGGGCUAGCGGAACUCAUUGGAGAAGACGAUGGCGAUGAUGCCUUCGAAGAUCUCAUCACGGAAAUAUCCGAAUAUCCAGAGUUCAUGAACUUCGAUUUAGAUGGUGGAAAACUAAACGGUGGUGGCCUAGGCCUAGAGCCUUCCGAAGGUGAGCCUCCUUCGAGGCCUUACGGUGGAGGAGAGAUGUCGCCGGCGGCACAAACUCUGAAGCACAUGGCGGAGCAGCAUCAACAGGCGGCGGGCGGGGACUGGGCUCGGUACCGCGGGUACGGCUACCGGCCGCGGCCUGCGCCGCCUCCCAUCGAACACCUGCACAUGACGCAGCAGCAACAACUGCAUCUCACACAGCCACAUCACAACCUACAGGUGUCAGCGGCGCAGCACAUGCAGGUGAGCGGGUCGGGGGGCGGCGGACAUGUGUCGGUAGCGGCCCAGCAGGGCAUGUACGCCAGUUUCCAGCACCAGGGCACGCCUUCUCCUCAGCAUCACCAAGGGACCGGAUGUGACACAUAUUCCGUAUCGCAGUCGCAGAGCAUCAACUUCUCGCAGGCGAUGCGGGCGCGGCCCGCCGGCGCGCCGCAGCAGCAAGCGGCCGCCGCGCCGGGACAGCCACCGCUGGGAGUGGCAGCUGCAGGCAUAUCGCGCGAGCAGCAAGCAAAGAUGCUGCAGCAACAACAGCAACAGAUGCUGCGCGCACAGCAGCAACACUUGCGCCCGCCGCCGCCAGAGUACAAGGCGCGCUUCGUGGGCGCUUCGCCCGUACCCGGCGUGGGGAACGUGGGGGGCAUGGGCCCCGGCGUCACAGCAAGGCGACCCCCCGCCGCGCAGCCACGGCCUUUCCCGCAACACGCCCGGCAAUACUCACCGGAGUGGCGCCAUGUUCUCAUGCAGCAACAAGCUGCUUCUAGGCAGCAGUUCCCACAUCAUCAUCAAGGUUUUGGCAUGACCACAAUGGGCGGAGGCAUGACACAGCAACAACAACAGCAAAUGCAGUUGCAGCAAGUGCGACUUCAGCAACAGCAUUUAAUGCAGCAUCAACAACAAAGGUCAUCGAAUCAACAGACACCAAUGUCACACCUAAUUAUGCAGCAAAAUCAAAUGAUGAGUGUACAAGGACAAAUACCGAAUAUUCACAUGAGUCAAUCACAAAGCAUGUCAAUGCAGCCGGGUGGCAUGGGUGGCAUGGCCUCUCACCAAGGCAGCCCCAUGCAGAACACUUCCAUGCAAGGCCAGACCGGUCCCAUACAUGCCCAAAACAGUUCCAUGCAAAAUUCCAUGAUGUCGCAAAAUGGGCCCAUGCAGACACAGAACAGUAAUGGGUCGCAACACUCGUUCCCGUCACUCCAUAAUCCGUCUUCCUUCGCGGGACAAACUGCAGACUUUAACCUGGACUUCCUCGACAACAUGCCUUCCACGGACGCUAGCAACCUCACCGCGCAGGAGCUACUCAACUCCUUAGAUAAUUCAUUUUUGAAUGACAUUCUUUAAAGUAGUCAUAAAUUUAACUUACCAGAUGCGAAUUUCUAAUAACUAUUUGUGCUUGUUAAUUGACCUGUCGUGUAGUCAAUUAUACUUCUACGUGGGCAAAGGGUUGAAAUUUGAAUUUUCAACUGAAACAAACUUAUGACCAAUGUAAAAUAACUAUGACCAAAGUUUUCAAACAGAAUUUAACAGGGCCAGUUUUUGGCUAGCGGCAUAAUUAUAAUUAUAUGCGUUAGUUACGGAAUCCUUUUGAAGUCUCUUAAUGUUUUGGACGACAUUGUUUGUAGACUGUUUAUUGUCAAAAUAUCCAUUUCGUAGUGUUUAUAGUUUUACUACUGUUAAUUAUUCUUUGUAAAUAUUUUAAUAUUUUUUUGUAAUAUGGUAGGAUCAGUUAGAGUGAAAUAUCGAGUCUCGAGGAUAUCCAUAAAGCUGACAUUCUAUUUUCUUCUAUUAUAACGUAAUUUUUAAUUUAGCUGAAAGUAGGCUAAAGUAUAUUUAUUGCAGAUUAUAUUGUAGCUAAUAUGAUGUAAUUGAAGAGAAGCACAAAAGACAUUUCAUAUUUUUAUUUACUCGUUAGUAAAUUUAUUUAUGCAAACAUUCAAAUUGGGGCAAUAUGUUUUCGCAUUUGUACAGUAUUGAGUUUUGGUGUAGUAACUUAUUUAUUAUCUUUACAUACGUCAAUCAUCGCAUGUUUUUCACGCAGAUUUAUUAUUUUUAUGUAAUCCGUAUAAUCUAGUGGUUAACCGCAUUAGUGUUUGGUGCAUAACUCGACUGCUGAUAGCCAAUGCGCAUACAAUAUGAUCUUGUAUGUAUUUCGACAUAAAAAAAACAAUGUUAUCGAGAGGUGGACUUCGAACUAAGUGGCUGAAUAGAAUCGUAUUUCUCUAAUCUGACCAGGGACAUGACUAUAAUGUUGUGGGUCAGGGCAAAUUUAUUCGGAUGGACCCUUUUUAUGUGAUGGAAAUCCAGUUAACAGAUAUCUUCCCAGUGCCUGGACACGAGCGGGGGGAAGGAAGGUGGUUAGAUUAUUAUAGCUGAGUGAUCCGACACAUGAAUGAAUAAACAUCCGUCACCGUUUAGAAUCUGUAUGUCAUAGAAAGUCGCUGUCACCCUGGGUCACCAUUGGUUUAUGCCAUUUUUCUCGUCCUGCCACCUUAUUGUUAUGCCACUGAAUCUGACGAUGUCAAUACUGCAUAACAAUUGUAUUGAAAACUCCAUGCCUACCUGCCUAUAUUCUUAUAUAUCAAUACAAGAAAGAAGAAAAUUUGUACCUCUUUUUAAGCACUACGCGAAUAGGAGUGGGAGAUUUACCCCCUUAUUCAUAGACGUUUUUUAUCGAACGACCAAGUAAAGCUGUGAUAACAAGUCUGUUUCUCAAUGUUGACGGCAUGGCAGUCUUCUCAGUGCGUAGACAUAUGGCCGUUGUGAUUGGCUAAUAUUGAGAUACAACAAUAAUAGCCAAUCACAACGGCCCUAUGUCUAUUUCUCAGUGCCGUUGGGCACUGAGAAACAAGCUUGUUAUCACAGCUUUACUUCGUCCUUAGAUAAAAAACGUUUAUGAAUAAGGGGGUUAGUGAUUAAUGUUCAUAUAGAGGAGUAUGGAAAAAUAAAAUUUAUAAAAAUGACGCGUAAUCAAAUAUAUUAAAUUCGACGGUCGAACCUCAAACCACUCAUCUACUUCCUAAAGCGGUCGAGUUAUGUGUCGAUACACGUGGAAUAACGUAAACUGGAUUGAUCUUUAUGAUCCGUUGCAAGUUAUUUUCAACAGAACCAAAUAGUGUUGCAGGCGAGGUUAAAUGUCGGCCCAGUCAGCUCUUUCAGUGAGAGAGAUGUUUGGUGUAAGAAAGUUUAUUAGUGUAGAUGUAGUACGGGAGCUACGAGUGACGCUGGUAUCCGCCUGGGAAUAAUCCGAUCUUUUUUAUUUUAUUGUAGUUCAACUGUGUUUUAAGUAGGGAUAUAUUGAAAUCAUUCCUGUACCUAAGAUAAAUAGUAGAUUAUACUGUGAUGUUGGUCUCAAUGGUCAAUAGGUAAUAUAGCAUCAAUUAUAUUAUUAUAAAUAGAUUGUCGUUAUUGUUAAGGAUCUCAUUGUAUCAUUUUAGUUUGAGGGGAUUCUGGAGUAAAUAGGCUGUUGGUUUCAUUUUAGUAUGUUUUUACGAAUAUGUGAUGUUAAUUUCAUUUGAGGAACACGUUUUUGACUUAUGUAUUUUAGGUAUCGACCUAUAUAUUUCCAUAUACACAAAUUCGUACAUAGUUCUUAAAUUUGUAAAUAAUUUACAGAAUAGUUGUUAAACAACUUUAAGGUGUUCUGGAUAAUUUUAUUGUACUAAUAUGUAGUGAAUCCGAUGUGAACAUAAUGUAAUAUGUUUGUUUAUACUUUACGAAAAGUUUUGCUCUCUUGUAUGACACCUAAACAAUUAUUGUAAAUGAUAGGAACAUUCCAGAACCAUUGUUAACAAUGUUUUAACUUUAGGACCAAUUUUUGAAUGUUCUUUUGAAAAUAAUAUUGCAUAUUAAACAUGGAGUUUAAUUUC